AUGGAGAGAGAUUCAGAGAACGGAGAGGAUGUGGCUGCACGAGCCCAGCGGAGAACUCUGUCACAAGCCUUGCGUCCACCAGACAAGCUGUCAGCCAAGUCAGCAUGGUUUGUGGUGGUGCUCACGGCUGUUGGCAUGGCGAUAGCGAAUCUCUGCACCGUCUUCUCCAUUGAGUUCCUGGUCCACUCGAAGUUUGACAUGAUGCAGCUUGCUGUGAACCGAGGUGGAGUUGGCCUUGGGUUGGUGACCUUGGUCUCCCUCGCAAUGAUCUUCGCCGCGGUGGCUACGUCUCUGAUCCAUGGGAUCGCACCGGACUGCGGCGGGUCGGGCUCUGUGGAGAACAAGAGCUGGCUCAACGGCUUCAACAUGUCUGCGCAGUUUACCAAGCGCAACCUUGUGGUCCGCGCGGUGGCCGUGAUCCUGUCCAAUGCAACCGGCUUCCCCGUUGGACGGGAAGGGCCGACUGUGACAAUGGGAAGCAACAUGGCCUUCCUUCUCUGCCGCGCUGUGGCCGAGACACGCUCUUAUGCCAAGGAGUGGGUGGACUUGCAGGGCGGCUCACCGGGUGCAUUGGCUGACGAGCGGUUCUUCGCGCGUGCCGCGCGGGUGGCCUGUGUCGUUGGCGGCGCGUGUGGGAUGGCGAUGAUCUUCGACUCACCUUUGGGCGGGAUCUUGUACAUGUUCGAGGAAGUGACGAGCGUCUCCUGGCCUGUGGAGCUCACGUUCAAGGCGGUGGUCGGCUGCACGAUCUGCUCCUCAGUGUCUUAUGCCUUGCUGAGAGUUUGCCAGUCGAGCAUCCGGGAGUUCGUCAUCUUCGAGAUGUGGUAUGGCACCAACCAUCCGGAUUUUUCUUACAUUGAUUUCCCGGGCUUCAUCAUCUUAUCUGCAAUUCUGGGAGUUUUCGCCCCGUUGCACACAAAGCUGUGCCUCAAGGUCAUGGAUUGGCGCAAACGCAUCCAUUCCGGACCUCUUCUUAGAAAAUGUCAGCCUUGGGCCAAAAUGGCCGACACGGUUGCCUAUGCUGCUCUUUGUGCCGCAGUUGUCGCGCUGACAAGCAUCCUCGGCAGUUGUCAGGCUCUGCCGAAGCUGACAUCCGAGCUCAGUUACGUUCAGUACCAGUGUCCUGAAGGAGAAUACAAUCCAACAGCUUCCCUUCUGCUGACGACUGCAGAAGGCGCCGUCAAGCGGCUUUUCAAUCGCCGGAACCAUGGGGCUUUCGGUAUCCUGGGAGGUUUCGUUGCGCUUUUGUCGUACACCACUCUGAAUAUCGGUUUCGCUGGGCUGCCGGUGCCGUCUGGCAACUUCACCGGUACCAUGUUGAUCGGCGGACUGACAGGCAGACUCUUCGGCCGCUGCCAGGCAUUGCUACUGCCGGAGGCAUCCUUCACAUCUUCCGGGAUCUAUGCGAUGGUAGGUGCUGCAGCAAUGCUCUGCAGCUUCAAGCACAUGACCCUGGCUGUGGUUGUGUUCAUCUGCCAGGCAUCCAACAACAUUGAACUGGUGCCGGUACUGAUGCUGGCGGUAACGGUGUCCCUGUUCGUCCAUAAGAUUAUCGGAUCUCCCAUCGCUUUCGACGAGGCGCAGAUCUUGCGGAAGAAAAUGCAUUACCUCUCUGCAGAGCCCUGUAAACCGGUCCGGCGCUUGGCAGCUCGGCAGCUCGUCGACGACCUUCCCGAGCAGUCUCGUCUUCCCGCACGGCCGACGUCUGCGCAGGUUGCCGAGGCGCUGCGCGAGACGCAGGCGCCCUUCUUACCAGUCUUCUCAGCACCAGGCGAUGGCCCACGAAGGUGUUUAGGGCUGGCCCCGCGGACGCGCCUGGAUGCUGCUGUACGGGCUGCCGAGGGAGGCGUUGUGCCAGCUGACAGCUUGGCCGACCCUCCCAACAUCACGAUCCAGGCGGACGCUCCGGCCGACGCUUUCUACGUGCUGUUCGCGAAAGCCCAGCUCAGAGCUGCUUGCGUUCUUACCGCUUCUGGCGACUAUUACGGUGUCAUCUCCCGUGCAGGCCUCGCGAAGACUGCGAUGGCCUUAGAGGAGGGCAUGGAGCUGGAGCCUCUCCAGGAGGUCGCCACAGAAUCUGGAGACGACUUUUCGGAGGGCUCCGAAACCGAUUCGGAGAGCGACGGUGAGAGGGAAGCUUUGGGAGCAAAGUCGUGCAGGAAAGAACCAUCGCGGAAGUGUGACUUGACAUUCAUCCACCUGCUUCGGACGGCACGGAAGGUUCCGCCGUCGUUGACAUUUCCAAUUCCUGCGCGGGCCGAGAGCGUAGAAGCCAUGUCUUGCUGCUGCUGUUCGUGCAUCGACACAGGGUCCGUCGGCGUGAUUCAGAAGUUCGGGGAGUACCAAGGCUUGCAAGAGCCGGGAUGCAGCUGCAUUUGCUGGCCGUGCACGACCGUCUCGGGUGUCUCCCUGGCCGUGAACCAACUCACCUGCAAGUCGGACUGCAAGACCAAGGAUAAUGUGACGGUUGUUACGGUGACGGCCGUGCAGUACCGAAUCCUCAAAGAUAUGGUGAAGGUGGCAACAUUCGACAUCGCCAGCCCGCACGAUCAGAUCAGAGCCGAAGUGGACAACGUCUUGAGGACUCUCGACGAGAGCUACGAGGCCAAAGAGAAGAUGGUGGCGGAGAUCUUGGAGUCCGUAAGGCAAGCCAUGGGCCAAUACGGCUAUGAGAUCGUGAACGUCCUGAUCACCGAUAUCCAUCCCGAACAGUCUGUGCUCAAUGCCAUGAACGAAAUCAACGCCUCACGGAGAAUGCGCGAAGCAGCUUUUGAGAAAGGUGAGGCCGACAAGCUUCUCAAGAUCAAGGCCUCAGAAGCUGAUGCCGAAGCCAAGCGCCUGGCCGGCGUGGGCAUGGCCAACAUGCGUGCGGCCAUGGCGCAGGGGUUCCAAGACUCCAUGAAGUUCAUGAAGGAGAGUGGCAUGAACGAGAAAGAGGCGAUGCACAUGAUGAUCAUGACCCAGUAUCUGGACACCUUGAAGGAGUUUGCUGGCAGCCACGGCUCCAUCGUGGUCCCUCAUGGGCCCUCGGCUGUCGGAGAUCUGCAAUCGCAGAUUCGCGAGGGUUUUCUCUCUGCUGCCGGUCAACAACAAAUGAAGGGCGGCCUUUUCGGAUGA